CUGCGGUAAGAUCUGGGACCGUGGACUACCACUCCCGUGAGGUAGUGCGCCCUCCCACCCCGUUCGCGGCGUCUUCGAACGCGCCGCGGCAGCCAUGUUGGACGUGGCCAGCACAGGGGUCGGCACCAGGGGGUUAGCGAAGCAGCUGUCACGAUGCUGGGGUCGCUGGUGUUGAGGAGAACAGCGCUGACGCCGCGGCUCCUCCUCCAGCUGCUCAGGUCCCCAUCGCUCCGGAGCCAUGGAGGUGCCUUCAGCCGGAGCGUGACCACUGGGGGCCGCGGGGAGCUGCAGUGGCUGAGGGUGGCCGUCGGGGGAUUCCCUGGAACAUCGCCGGCCUUGCCCUCCGGACGAGGGGCAGCCACCGGGGGGCGCAGAGGAGGACGCACUGAGACCCAGCACUUCGCGGCCGCCACAGCGGAACGCCUCCCUGUCCCCGAAGAAACAUUCCCAGAACCGGACAGCUGGAAUGGGGUCCCCAGCAGGGCUGGACUGGGCAUGUGGGCCCUGGCCGCGGCGCUGGUGGUUCAUUGCUAUAGCAAGAGCCCGUCCAACAAGGCUUUUCUGCAGAGUGGGAGAAGAGUGGACACAGCCAUCUCUGAGAAGAUAGAGCUGUCUGAGCAUGUGCGUGUUUGGAGAACAGCAGAUGCGGCCCUGAUGGAAGCUGCUCGUGCCAACAAUGUGCAAGAAGUCAGAAGGCUGUUGUCAGAAGGUGCAGAUGUCAACGCAAGGCACAAACUUGGCUGGACGGCACUCAUGGUAGCAGCCAUCAGCCGAAAUGACAGUGUGGUGCAGGUCCUGCUUGCUGCUGGGGCUGACCCAAACCUUGGAGAUGAUUUCAGCAGUGUUUACAAGACUGCCAAGGAGCAGGGAAUCCACUCUUUGGAAGUCCUAGUCACCCGAGAAGAUGACUUCAACAACCGGCUGAACAACCGUGCAAGCUUCAAGGGCUGCACUGCCCUGCACUAUGCUGUCCUUGCUGAUGACUACCGCACCGUCAAGGAGCUGCUUGAUGGAGGAGCCAACCCCCUGCAGAGGAAUGAAAUGGGACACACAGCCUUGGAUUAUGCUCGAGAAGGGGAGGUGAUGAAGCUUCUGAAGACUUCUGAGGCCAAGUACCAAGAGAAACAGCGGAAGCGGGAGGCCGAGGAGCGGCGCCGUUUCCCCCUGGAGCAGCGUUUGAAGGAGCACAUCAUUGGCCAGGAGAGUGCCAUCGCCACAGUGGGUGCCGCGAUCCGGAGGAAGGAGAAUGGCUGGUACGACGAAGAACACCCUCUGGUCUUCCUCUUCUUGGGAUCAUCUGGAAUUGGAAAAACAGAGCUGGCCAAGCAGACAGCCAAAUAUAUGCACAAAGAUGCCAAAAAGGGCUUCAUCAGGCUGGACAUGUCUGAGUUCCAGGAGCGACAUGAGGUGGCCAAGUUUAUCGGGUCCCCACCAGGCUACAUUGGCCACGAGGAGGGCGGCCAGCUGACCAAGAAGCUGAAGCAGUGCCCCAACGCCGUGGUGCUCUUCGAUGAGGUGGACAAGGCCCACCCUGACGUGCUCACCAUCAUGCUGCAGCUGUUCGAUGAGGGCCGGCUGACAGAUGGAAAGGGGAAGACCAUCGACUGCAAGGAUGCCAUUUUCAUCAUGACCUCCAACGUAGCCAGCGACGAGAUUGCAGAGCACGCGCUACAGCUACGGCAGGAAGCCCUGGAGAUGAGCCAUAACCGCAUUGCCGAAAACCUCGGGGAUGUCCAGAUCAGUGACAAGAUCACCAUCUCAAAGAACUUCAAGGAGAACGUGAUCCGCCCCAUCCUGAAAGCUCACUUCCGGAGGGAUGAGUUUCUGGGCCGGAUCAAUGAGAUUGUCUACUUCCUCCCCUUCUGCCACUCCGAGCUCAUCCAACUAGUCAACAAAGAACUAAACUUCUGGGCAAAGAGGGCCAAGCAGAGGCACAACAUCACGCUGCUCUGGGACCGCGAGGUGGCGGACGUGUUGGUCGAUGGCUACAACGUGCACUACGGCGCCCGCUCCAUCAAGCAUGAGGUCGAGCGCCGGGUGGUGAACCAGCUGGCAGCUGCCUACGAGCAGGACCUGCUGCCGGGGGGCUGCACUCUGCGCAUCACCGUCGAGGACUCGGACAAGCAGCUGCUCAAGAGCCCUGAACUGCCCUCACCCCAGGCUGAGAAGCGUUCCCCCACGCUGCGGCUAGAGAUCAUCGAUAAGGACAGCAAGACCCACAAACUGGACAUCCGGGCUCCACUACACCCCGAGAAGGUGUGCUAUACCAUCUAGCACCUAUCUGUCCACCUACAUGUGCCCUCAACAUCCAAUAAAGACCCCUCGCUGUGGCAUGGCAACCAACCCAGCUUCAGCUCAUGCCUCUUCCCCUUUA